GUAUCAACCAACCAGCGGCCCAGAUAUUGCGGCUCGCACUUUCGCGGGUAAUUGUGUGAGGGUGGGGAACUUUGAAAUUUCUACGCUGCUGACCUGUUCAGGAAAGAGUUGCCACUGGAAAUGCAUCUUGAAGAUUACCUUACCAAAUGAAAUUUGCUAAUAACACUCAGUAUCUCAAGAUGUGAUAAGUGAUGGCUAGUCGUGGUAAUCAGUUUGAUACUUGACACUUGGGAGAAGAGGGAAUCUCACUGAGCAACUGUCUCCAUCAGAUGGGCCUGUGUGUGUAUCUGUGGGGACAUCUUGAUCACUAAUAAUUGAUGGAAGAGCUCUUGGCUCACUGUCAGUGGUCCUUUCCGUGAGCCAGAGUGCCUGAUUCUUUGGGAAACCUGGAAAUAUGAGCAGCAAGAAACUGAGGAGGGCGGGUUUGUCUCAAGAGCUGUGUGACCGUUUAUGCAGAUAUCAGAUUGUUAACUGUCAGGACUUUUUAAAUCUCUCCCCACUAGAACUUAUGAAAGUCACUGGCCUGAGUUAUAGAGGUGUCCACGAGCUUCUGCAUACAGUAAGCAAGGCCUGUGCCCCACAGAUGCAAACGGCUUAUGAGUUAAAGACACGAAGGUCUGCACAUCUCUCACCAGCGUUCCUAUCUACUACCCUUGGUGCUUUGGAUGAAGCACUGCAUGGUGGUGUGCCUUGUGGAUCUCUCACAGAGGUUACAGGUCCACCAGGUUGUGGGAAGACCCAGUUUUGCAUAAUGAUGAGUGUCUUAGCUACAUUACCCACCCGCCUGGGAGGAUUGGAAGGGGCGGUGCUGUACAUUGACACAGAGUCUGCGUUUACUGCUGAGAGACUGGUCGAGAUCGCAGAAUCCCGCUUUCCACAGUAUUUUAACACUGAGGAAAAGUUGCUUCUGACCAGCAGUAGAGUUCAUCUUUGCCAAGAACUCACCUGUGAGGGACUUCUGCAAAGGCUUGAAUCUUUGGAGGAAGAGAUCAUUUCGAAAGGAGUUAAGCUUGUGAUUGUGGACUCCAUUGCUUCUGUGGUCAGAAAGGAGUUUGACCCGCAGCUUCAAGGCAACAUCAAAGAAAGGAACAAGUUCUUGGGCAAAGGAGCGUCCUUACUGAAGUACCUGUCUGGGGAGUUUUCAGUCCCAAGAAUGUACUUCACCCUCCAAGUGCCUCCAUGUUGAGCUGGCCAGAAGCUUCCAGGACCAGUCUUCUUAGAUGAAGAUUUUAUUCUGUAGGCUCAUUGAUUACAUCAGUGGCCAUGGGUAAACUUUCAGGCCCUUUCUCCUUUCAGGAGGUGUAGGUGUGUGAGUCGCUUUCCUCAUAGUUGGGGCACAGAAGUCCCCAUCUUGAAGCUCUUUGGGGCUUGCAGCCACCAGUCCUCUCAUCACACUGAGGAUACUUUCAUCACCUGAAGAGUCCAAGGCUUUAUCUUAGAAAAAAAGGGGACAAACCCUACGUCUAUAUUUUAGACUCAUGCUUUUGUAAUCUCUGUUUUCUAUGUUGGAGUGUCAUGUAUCUACUGUGUCAGUGGGGACUUGUUACUCCUUUUGGACUUGACAUGCCCCACCCUUAUUUUGGGGGAUGCCACCCUCCUAAUAACAUGCCUGUGAGUGCUUUGUGGGGAGUUAGAUUUCCAAAUGGAGUCUGUUUCCCAGAAGAAAGGGGUUGGGCAUCAGUCAGGAACAAUUGUUGACUACAGUAUCUGGGUAAGGCUUACAGGGUAGGCCUGAGUUGAGUCAGUACACGGGUAAAUUGUGGUAUUUCUGAGAAAGGAAAGGUCCCGGAGGAUUUCUUAGGAAGGAAUUCCUUGCUGCUUGUUUUCCAUCUACUUUGGCAAUAGCUGACUGUUUCAGGACGGAUUCCUCUAGCUUUAUGGGCCUCAGUCAUCUUUGCUGGAGGGAAGCGAUGUCAAGAAAGAGUGAUGUCAAGGAAAAUAAGGGCCCUACUCGCCUGCAGCCUUAGUCUCGCCCACUAAGCCUCCUGCCAGAGACACAUAAAAGGCCUUCCUCUUGACUUAUGGGGCAAAUGUGUCAUUCUUACAUAAUACAUAAAACAUGUUUCAGAUUGCAUACUUGUACCACAGGAGUUUGGUUCUUCUUGUUAGUAUUGUCUAAAGUUACAACAUGUAAAAACUCUUUAUCCUACUUUCUAAGCCUGCCAAUAGGGAAAAAAAUAUCUUAAGGAACAUUUCCUUUUGGAGCCUGGAGUGUUUUUCCUCUCUAGCUCUGAUUUAAAGAGAAUAUGUAAUUUAGACAUUUAAAUAAGAAUAGGGGAAGUGGCCAAACCUUUUUAAUAGACUAGUUAAAAUACAUGAAUGUUUCUGUCAGUGAGAACCCAUGCAGAGCAGAGUACCCCCGGCUUCCCCCACUGACCCCUGGUAGGGCUUGUUCCUCUCAUGAUGAGUUGUAAUAUCUCUUGGGUAUCUCUUUUCUCCCCUCCCCCUUCUGACUCUCUCUCCUGCUUCAGAAAGGAUAUAGAAUUAUUCAUCCAGGACACAGGAGUAUUAGACUCCUCCAGUCCUUUUUUUUUUAAAUUUAAUUUUUCUCCACUUGGGAACACUGCAGCUGAUCUCACUCCCUUUAUCCUCUAAAGGCUUCAGCCCUCGUUUCAGGCAAACAACUAUGUACUUGGCAGUCCUGCUCUGGGCUGUGGCUGUUGGGCUAGUCUAGCAACGGCUGCCUUGAGCAGUCUCUAGACAGUGAACUGAGCGUGUUAAGGCGCUUUCUUUCUCUGCAGCUCAGCAGCAGCCAGCUUGGGCCCACGCUGCUGCUUCUUGCAGACAUCUUCAUCUCAGUCUGUCACGGUGUCCUGCAGUGCGUCUUUCAUUAGUAGUGUCAACCCGUAAGGUGACAGUCCCAAGCUUCUUCAGAUUUUACCAAAUGCUCCGCUGAGUUUAAUACCUCACAGCAAACUUUGAGGGAGGUGACUGGGGCUCUUCCUCAGCUUUAGUUGUUUAUUGCAGUCGUACCCGUGGACCCUGGUUACUGAUGCUGAGGCAGGAGGACAGCUGCAUCCUUGCGUCUUCUUGGACUGUGAUCAAGUGUUGGGCACAUUCUUGUAGGUAGAGGAGAGGAGAGCACACUUAGAUUUUUGUUUCAUAGGAUUUAAAGUUUCUAUUAAGUAAAAGGUCUCUAUAUCCUUGUAGUUUUUAUCAGAAGAAAGUAACUACUGGUAAGCAAAAUCACUGUAUGUUUAAGUGCACGUAUUUAUCAUUGGUAACGCACAGCUUGGUUAUAAAGGUUAAAGGGCGCAAUGAGAGUGUCUGAUGCUGCCAGGAGAGCAAGCUCAGUCAAGCAAACAGAAGUUCAUUCCUGUGGCUGAUUUCAGGUUCCUGCACCUUAGGGACAGAAGGGGCUAAACUACUAGGGGGUGCUUCUUACUUAGAAAAUGGGAUGCCUUCCAUUCCUGUCACAGUGGUCAUUGUGGCAAAAGCAGUUGCCAGUGACAAUAGCUGGUGGCAGUUCCUGAAACCUAAGAAAGGUCUCAACCAAGAGAAAGGAAGAAACAAGGCAAAGGAGAGAAAAAUAUGAAGGCAAAAGAAGAGAAGAGAAAGUAGCAGACAGUCGUGAAGGAGGUGAUUAAAGGACUCUGCCCUCAGGAGUAUGGCGUCAGUACCAUUUGCUGCUGGUAAUUGGGUUUGGUUCUUGCUUAUUCAUAAGCUGACACUUAUGGAGGGAGAGUCAGGAUUCCUGACUGAAAUACUGUGGAGGACAGGAUGUCGUUCCCAGUCUCUCAGACUUAGGGAGUAGUGUCUGCGUGUGUCUCUGAAAAGUACUCAGUUGUUUCUCCAUCGUGGUGAAUUACUUUAUAGUAAUGUCCUCUAGUAACUUGAAUUGUUUUUAUAACCAUCUUUGUAAGGCUGUGAGUGCUCCGUCCACCUCGGCUGAGCGAGUAAUCAGAUCUGAUUAGUUACGAUAUACCAGGCAUAAGAUGGCCUUGCACGGGGUCCUUUCUGAAGGCCUUAAUUGUGAGAUAUGCCAGGAAAGCCUCCCUGUAACAAGUUCAUACACCCGAUCACGUGUAAGCAAGUGCCUUGAAGUGUAAGACACAGCUUAUUUUUAGGGGUACCCAGAAGACAGGGUGGGGUGCCCAUCCUGUAAAUAUAUUUUGUUUUCAUAAAUAUGGAUUCUGUUGCUUUGUCAUGCAUACAUAGUCUAGGUGGUGGUGUCUGUUCCUGAAAUAAUAGGGGCUAGAGACACUGACUAGGCUUUUAAAGCCCUCAUUACAGAGACAAGCUGUGGAUUCAGUCAAGACCACGUCGGCAAAGACACAGAGAGUCAUUUCCCUGUAGCUGAACUCAACCACACCAGAGACUACUGUGUGAAUCAGGAUUUGCUCGCCCUCGCCCUCACCUCAGGCAAGAAAACUGCUGUAAGUGCAAGGGCAGGUUGUGUCUUCCAGAAAGGCCAAAGGAGAGAGACCAGGAAGAGAGACACCCUUUCUGAACCAAAGCAAAGCAAAGUGAACCAAACCACAACCCCCAAAACAGGUAUUCAUUGAGUGCCAGGGUUAUUAUAUUUAACACUGUAAAUUAGGAAAUAAACACCAUUUCAGACCCUUAAAUGCAUACUAUUUUCUAAAGAACAAAUUUUGGAAUCUUUAAAGAACAGAAAAUUUAAAAAUAGGUAGAGGUGGUUUUUUGUUUUGUUUUGUUUUGUUUUGUUUCUCUUAUAUCCCAUUCAGGCUGGCCUUGAACUUGCUGUGCUGAUCCCCCUUCCCCUCCCUUCCAAGUGUUGGGAUGCAGUUCCAGUCCUGUGCCAUGCUGUGAACUGGGGCAGUAAGAAAAGAAUGGCUGUUUUCUCCUUUUGUGGCACAGGCAAGAGAUACUGUUAGAAAUGUUGCUAAGUGAAGGACAAACUAGUUCUAGCAGGAAUGAUGAGUCAACAUCCUCAGAGACAUUCCCUUACAGGUAGUCAGUAUCAUAGCUGCUGCUGCUGUUCCUUUCCUUUAGGUGCAAAAGAGUAUUGAGACUGUCACUUAGGUUCAUAUUUUAAUGGGCUUGGGUAGGUGGGAAAAGUGGAAUGUGUCUUUGGCGUGGUGUGAGUGGUCAUGUCUCCCACUAGUAACUGGGUUGCUGUGAUGCGUGUGGAACUGCACACUGACAUGGUGUGAUCAUGUCUACCCACUGGCCACUCUCUUGUUAUAUUUCAGGCAGCUUUUCCUGGUCCCCCUUGCCACACCUUUAGCCUGAUGUCCAAACACAGUGGCAAUCAGGAUAUGUUUAAUGUUUAUGUUAUGUAAAUAAGGAUUGGAUGUGGCGGGCUAGUUAGAGGCACAAUGAGUGCUUCCUCCUUUUUUGCCCUAGCAGUUGACUGUUAACAGACCUUUGAAGAAGUUGUUCUUUUCCCUCAAGAUCUUCCCCUCAACUUGGCCAGCGUGAUGCUCAGUGUGGACUUGUGACUCUGGCUUUUCAGUUGUGCUAUGUGAGAAGAUACUGGCUUUGUGACUAGCCUGCGGUGUGCUGCAGUUCUUUAAAAUGUACCUAUUUUCAAUCCUUCAGCUAGGUGUGGUGGUGUGACUACAGCUGCUCCAGGGCCUGAGGCAGGAAGGAGGAUUGUGAAUUUAAGACUGGCCUGGACUAUAUAAUAAGAGCCUGCCUCAAAAUCAAACAUGAUAGAAGAGAGGGAUGGAGGAUGGAAGGGAAAAAGAAGAGCGACAGAUACCCUUUGAUUGGAGUCUUGUGUCCUGCUUAAAUUCUUCAGGCACUUUCUCCUGGACUCCUGUCCACACCCAGGAAGAUAUCUUAGCUUACCAUUUUAGUCAUGUGCUUUAAGCAGUGAAGGCAUGAGUCAGGGAAGGUUACGAUAAUGAUUUUUUGGGAGGGGGUUCCUGCAGCCUUAUUUAGAGUCUGAAAUGGCACUGUCAGUUUUGCUCCUUGGAGAAAUUUGUAACUGAGAGAGUGUUGCAUAAGGCUGACAUAAUUGAGGGUGUAGGGUUCCUUUAGAACACAGCCCCCAAGAGACUGUUCAGUAGAGAAUGUAAAGAUGCUAAGAUGCUAGUGGAACUCUUUGCUGCCAAGUCACAGGGCUGUCCCUUCCAGUUUACCAGUUUGUGUAUAGUCUGCUGUGUAGUGAUGCUGUUCUUCAGUAACCCUACCCCCUUUUUAUGGUCGUAAUGUCCUGUUAGCACUUGUGGUUAAGAAUAGCUCAAACUAAACUUUCAUGUGUGAAUGUGUGCUUGUCCGGACUAAAGGUCAGCGGUGUGUGACUAAGGAAAUGGUCUGUGUUUUAUCUGGUGUUAUGAGGUGGUGAGAUGGCUAUUGUAUUGAUUGCAGGCUAGGGAGGUAAUUGGUAAACAUGGGCCUGGGGAUAGGAAGAGGUGUCUUAGAUAAGAAAAGCAGUGAUCAAAGGAUCUGUAUUUGCUGUUGAUCAGCUCUGACUGUGAAGCAUCUGAGGCAUUUGGGCUGUAAGUUGAGAGAUUAGCUGAGAAACACUGACUUAGUACUCAGCCAGUUGCUAUGAACUUAGAGCAAGUCAGCCACGUUCCUUGUCUUUAGGGACAUAGACUUGCUGAGACUACAGAGGCAAUUACUUAAAAACCAUGCUGAGGUAAAGGCUUUCUCUUUUAGAAUCCUGUUUCAGUAUGAAGCACAGACAACAGAGAACACGGGAGAAAUGGCAGCAAACUCAUUUUAGGUACAUGUCUGUACCCAACAUGUGAUAUGCGUCACAUUGCCCUGGGGAAGAAGCUGUAGAAAUGGAGCAGACAAUUGUGCGUCUGUAGUAUAGAGGCUGUGUAGAUCCCUUACCAGACACAAGAUUCCUUAAAAGAAAUCCCAAUAGCUGUGGCCCAAAUCAACUUUUUUAAAAGGCAAAAGUGAAAUUUAUGCACAAAUUCAGAAUACAUUCCCCUGUGGGAAGAUGGCUUCUGCUGCUGCUGUCGUGUCUUGUCUGCUAGGACUACUGUAGGGCAGCAUCUAUGCAGAGUAAGCAAUAACAUUCACUUCUGCAUGUUCUAGUCACUGAGCGUAGGAGACCAGUGUCUGAUGGGGUUGGCUGCUUGGUGAGGGUCCCCUCUUGGUGAUCGUGCUCUGAUGUGUCUGUUCCCAGCAUGGCAUUUCCACCUUUGAGACCUAAUCUAGCUAGGGACCUUUCAAAACUUCAUAGACAAAUACCAUCAUCCCAGGGACUAGGGUUUCAACAGAGAAUUUUGGGAGAGAUGUAAAAUUUUAGUCCACAGCAAAUUACCAGAUUAGAAAUAUUCUGCCCACCUCCAUCUUCCUUUGUCAUGGCUGAGAAUUAUACCUAGGGUCCUGGACAUGUCAGGCAAGUAUUCUGCCACUGAGUUACAUUACUAGUUUUUCAGACAGGAAAAAUGCAAAUUAAAAAAAAUAGUUGGCAGGUUCAUAGGCAUGCAUUCCAUAGCUAUACCUUAUAACCUACACAGUGUGUAUAUGUGUGUGUAUGUGUGUGUGUUCUUUUGCAUUUAUCAAAUGUUUUAUUUUUUUGAAGCCAUGAUAUUUUGCUAGUUGAAUAUAUUCCAACUUGGAUUUUUUCAGAGCUUUUGCUUUUGCUAAGUUGCAGGAGAGAAUACUGAAGACUCUGGCUUAGCCAAACUAUUGUCUCCUAUCUUCCCACUUUUUAUAGCCAUUCACUUUUUUACUGUAAAAGUUACAGUCAUGCUUGCCUAGCAAGCGUAAGGCCCUGGGUUCGGUCCCCAGCUCCGAAAAAAAAAGUUACAGUCAGUGAAGGAAACUUAAUAAAAACUUAAGUAUGGAAAGUAGAAAGAGAUGGGUAGACUAACAAAAGGAGGGUUGUGCCUCCCACUGUAAUCUCGGAAACGCAACAACAUUGAUGUGGAACUCACUCUCCCAUGGUCUGUAUCCUGUGCGUUUGCCCCCAAAUUUCCAUGUACCCCACUCAGACCCAGCUUCCAGGUCAAAAGCAUUCUAGCUGGUCUGCCCCCAAGCCCAGACAUUUAAGUAUUCAUUACCUCAGCGAGUGCAUGUGUAUCUGUACGUAAUGAUGUUUGUGCUUGUCUACUUAGGGCUUUUGAAAUCUUUGCAGUUUUAGACUAACGGCAAACCCCCAGCCAAACAGAAAAGUAUGAUUUCCCCUUUUAUCUGUGUCCCGUGUUAUACAGAUGUUCCCUGAAAAUAGCAACAGUUUUCUGGGAAAGGUCCUGACAGAGUCUGUUCUCACCCUUUACCCUGGCUCUCCGAUUCAUGUUUCCUUCUUCCAGUGUGGUCAUGUGCUUGCCCGAGCCUGGCUCAUGAACCGUGUAGGAUAUUCGUGGGGUUUUGUUUUUUAAGCCAUACACUGUGCACAUGAUGCAGUAUUUAAUUUGGAACGAGCUCCAAGUUUAGACACACGUGCUUCUUGUGGUGUUUAUCUUGGAGUCCACAAGUAGGAGGAAAGUAUUUUUGCAUUUUAUACAUCUGGACACUGUUCAUGGUCUUUCUGUGACUUGGGAAUUGUGUGUGGGGCAAAAUCCAAGGAACAGUAUUAAAAUAACAUGGAGUCAUAAUGAGGUCCGAGUGCAGCCCCUUGAUGAGUAUUCUUCUGAUCCCAGCAGAGUUUGACUUUGGAUGUGGUGAACUUUUUCAGCUGUGUGGUUCACUGGUGGCCUGAGCAGAUUGGUGGACUAUAAAUUACCUGACACCCUCCCGUUCACUUCAUGUGCUGCUAGACAUGAAGUCUAAAAGUCUUUGACAAAUUUGGCUCUUUAAGGGGAAUAAUUUGACUUGAUUUUGUGUGGGGCAAGAUAGGCAAAGGGAGCACUGCUCAGUGCUGCUCUGCCUGCUAAUCCACUGCACUUUAUGAGAUCUUUUAGUUUCUCGCCAUUGUUCUUCUGCUCCUCCCUCAGUCCAUGCAUCCAGAACUAUAAUGAUCCCUAGACCAUCUCGGGCUGUGGGUGAGGGUUGAGGGCGAUGUCAGUGAUGGUGGUGUCCAUUGUGUCUGCUAACCUUAUGAUCUCACACAAGAAGUUGUCAUUUAAAACAGGGUGAAUGUGAUGUGGUACAGUGCCACCUUUUGGAUGGGGGUCUGCUAGAAUGGGGCAGGUGAGAGAGGCAUUUAGAAUGUUGCUGCUCUGAGGAAGAUUGCAUAAGGACAGUGUUGCUUCCUUGUCAGCCUGGUUUUCUUUAAUUUUCACAUUUCUCCUAUAAUGUAAUGGCAGAUAUAAGCUGGGGAGGCAGGAUAAAGCUUCAAGUGGACUUGCCCUUGAGUGAAAGAGGGCGGGCAAGUGUUGUUUUCUGUGCUGUCCAUCAUUUGGGUGUAAAACUGUUUGGAUCUUUACUUUCUAUAGAAGGGCUGUUUGCCUUUUUUCUUUCAAUGCACUAAAGGGAAGAAAAUCUAAUAAAGUAACUGAAUCUACUGGUUAUCAUUCCUGCAGAAUUUUCAAGUGUGUUUAAUAGUGGUCUCUCAUAUAACUAUAAAGAAAUAAAUAAUUGGAGAGGAAAGGUCAAAAUUGUGUUGUAGUUUGAGAACCAGAAGAGUCUGGGGAUGUUUGAGUGAUUGGGUAAAUUGCUCAGCUGGGAGCUGUUUCUUUUUGCUGCCUUUUGGGCCUUUCCUUUGGGACACUCCCCCCACCCCCUUACUUUUGUAAUGCAUUUUGCAACCUUCAGUUAGAAAAUAGCCAUCAGAAUUUAACCGCUAGUAAAUAAACACAUUCUAGUUCUAUGAUGGGAAUCACUAAGUAGCAGAGAACGGUCUGGCUUCAUUUGAAGAGAAAGAUUCAUGGUAGUCAUGGUAGUAACUCCGAGAGUUGACACCAGAAUCAUGUUUGUUUGGCGUGUUAAUGAGUCUAAGAGGAAAUGGUGAAAUCUGCUGAUGACACCAAAUUGUUUUGCUUGAUCCUAACAUGAGGUUUCUGGGAAGCUGCUUUGUAGUAUUAGAAAUAGUGGAAGGAUUGGGCAAUUUGGGGCAGACAUGCUGAACUCGAAGUGAUGGUUUUUGUGGAGCAGCCAGGGUACACCAAUGAAGUUGCAGAGCCUUGCCCUCUUGAGGGAACUGCUCUCUCCAGAAUGUGAAGACUGGGACAAAGAACAUUCUGGUUAGAAGCAACAGUGAUGUAAAAAUAUGGCAUUUGAGUGUCUUUUGGACACUCAGGUCAGUCGUAGUAUAUAGGAGUGGGUGUUAUUUCCCUUCAAAACAACCAUGGGAUAUUGUGUGCUUACUUUCUACACAUGCUUGCUUUUUUGAUGGGCAGGUCUAGCCCUUCCUAUAACCUUUUAAGUAUUUCCUGUGGUUUGUAGAUUAUUCUUCAUUUUUAAAUAGCCGGCUGUCUUUUAGAAUCUCAGUGACAGACUUAAAAUGUAAACGAGAUAUAAAGUAGUACAGGGAAUCGAUUGCCUCCAGGACUAAUUCUCAAGGAAAUGCCAUGAGAUAUUGCAAGGAUGUUUGUACAGCAGUAGUAGAAUAAGUUCUUCACUGAUACAGCUCACAAAUGUGACUCAUUGGGCUGUGUACAUUACAAAGGCCUGUUAACACACCCACCCUGUGAUAGGCUAUUGAUUCAUGGGACUGAAACCAGUGCAUUGUACGAGCCAAGAACACAUUACCACUGAGCCUUAACCCUGGCUCCACACGUCACACCUCUUUCACACUCCCCUUCUCCCUUUUCAAGCAUUAUUAGAAGAAUCGGGACAUUGUAUACUACUUAGAGGGUCUCAGUACACUGGUGCCUAGAAACGAAAAAGGUUCUGGGAGUUGAAAACAUAAGACAGCACUGUCACAGGCACUGUGGGCUGGCAGGCUGUAGGUAUCCUCACAUUAGGAAAGGAUUUGUGUGGUCGUAAACAACUGAAUGAAACACAGGAACAGGAGUCAAGAGGGCUGAGGGGGAGGAGAGCUUUCAGGCUCUGUGGUGGUGCCUUUGUUUUAUCUAAGCAGGGAGAAGAUGGGGCUGGCUCUACCUCCUGGAGUUGGAAUCCCUGGAGUAAUUUUGGAAAACCACUACAGAGAGUCAGGUAUCUAGAGGGCCAGAAAAGGACUUGUAUACAGAACAGGAAGACUUCAUUCCUUCCAUACUCUUCUGAGAUUAUUAUAAAAAAAUUAAAGUUUUCCAUUUACCAAUUGUAUACGUUCCUGUUUCAAAAGCCAUAAAGUCCUUUAAAUGUUUUAAUUUUGUGACACCCUUGUAUUUUCACAGUUCUCGGUCUUUAAACACUUCAAAUUGAAAAAUCAGGAGAACCUUUACCCAAAAGUAGAGGAAUUCUUUUGUGAGUAAUAUCCUGACUAAAUAGCCCAAGCCAACCCACCCUCCCCAACACACCCUCCCCUUCCCCCCAACCUCCAUGGGUCUAAAUGCAAGGCCUCAGACUAGUUCUAUCAGAUUCAUUGGAGGCCACUUGUUAAAAACAAAGAUCUCAUAUUCUAGGGCUGGUGAUGUAGCUCAGUGGUAGAGCUCUUGCCUAGCAUGUACUAGGUCAGUGUAGAGCUCUUGCCUAGCAUGUACUAGGUCAGUGUAGAGCUCUUGCCUAGCAUGUACUAGGUCGGUGUAGAGCUCUUGCCUAGCAUGUACUAACUAGGUCAGUGUAGAGCUCUUGCCUAGCAUGUACUAGGUCAGUGGUAGAGCUCUUGCCUAGCAUGUACUAGGUCAGUGUAGAGCUCUUGCCUAGCAUGUACUAACUAGGUCAGUGUAGAGCUCUUGCCUAGCGUGUACUAACUAGGUCAGUGUAGAGCUCUUGCCUAGCAUGUACUAGGUCAGUGUUCCAUCUCAGUAUUGCAAAAACUGAAACAAAGAGACAAAACGACACUGAAUUAGAGCCGUCAGGGAGUACAUUCUCAGCAUAAGAGAAUACUUGCUGAAAGUUGGUGUCAGCUCCACCCCCGACUCCUAACCGAGGGCACUGGGAAGGUGGAAGGGUGCUGGAGUAACAGAAACACUGUUAUUGUGGUUAGAAAGUUUACUCUGAAUGUCUGGUCAUUCACUAGCUAUGUGACUUAACCAAAAUAUCUAAUAACGUCUCAGUAGCUUAUAUUAUUUUCUAUAAAAUAGAUUUUUGGAUUUUAUUCCUCGGCACUGCAAAGGCAAAUCAACAGCAGCAGCAGCAAAGAUGCGAUUGUUACUGCUAUUCCCUUAGCAUACAAAGGAGCUCUCUGGUCUCUGAUGUGUGUGUGUGUGUGUGUGUGUGUGUGUGUGUGUGUGUGUGUGUGUGUGUUUAAUCCUCAGUCCUAUUUAAUAAGGAGGUGAAAAGAAAAGCCUAAGAAUAUUAUAUAAAUGUAUAUGCUGGGGGAAGACAGGUUUCUUUCAUUCUUUGGAAGAAGAUUUUCAAGUGGCAUUCUCAGUAUUCUACAUGCUCAGUAUUCUGUUUUCAUUUCUGCAGUGCUCUCUGGCCAAAAGAGCUGUGAUAGAGCAGACACAGUAGAUGGCGCUUUAGACUUAUUUUAGAGGAAAUUAGUGUACGGGUGUGGGUGGAAGGAGAGAUUGGAUAGUAAGCCCUGUGUUAAUAAGCCCCCCAAGACUACCUCCAUGUUGGCGCCUCUAAGAAGUAACUUUGUUUUGUUUUGUUUUGUUUUUGUUUGUUUUUUGUUUUUUGUUUUGUAUAGAUCUAGAGUAUAACUUCAGUAAAAAUCAAAGUCUUAGCUGGUAUAUUUGUGUGACUUUUGUCACUUGGAAAUUAUCUCUUGUGCUUCAAGCCAUAAGAAUAUAAAGGAGUUAUUUUCUUUUAAGACAUUUUCUUAUAUAUGAGGGUUUCCCCUAAUUUUCUUUGUUUUUUAAUAUUUCCAUGUCUUCCUAGUUUUUUCUGAACUUUUUUGUUAUCUAAUAAAAAUGUGGUUAUAAAGUUAGUUUGAAUAACAUCAAUUACAAUGUCAUAUUUUUUAAAUUCAAAUUUUCACAUUAAAUACACAUUCAAAUAGUAUGGGUCACAUUUAGGAUAAUUUAAUUUUAACUUUUAUUUUAUUAUGUGAAUGGGUGUUUUGCCUGCUUGUAUGUGUAUGCAUUGUGUGCAAGCUUGGUAUCUGUAGAGGCCGGAGGAAGGUGCCAGAUCCCUGGGAACUGGUGUUACAAUGUGGGUCUGGGAAUCAAAUCCUGGGUCCCCUUGUAGAGCAGCCAGAGCUCUCAAUGGCCGAGUCAUUUUUCCAGCUCAUAUAUAUGCAUAUAUAAAAAAAUCUGUGUUUUAUGUGGUUGGUCUUGUUUAAUCUUUGUAAUAACUGUGAGAACCAUUGUCCCCAUUUCUGGAUAAAUUGUCUCAGAGAUGCUCAAUAAAUCUCUAAAUUCUCAUACAGAGAGCUUGAACUGCAGCUGCUGUAGGAGUUUCAUCUGUGCACUGAAGUUACAGGUUUUGAGUACACACUAUGUGCGAGGCAUGCUAUAUGCUAGGCAUACCACAGGGAUCAAAACUAACAUGGGUAUUACCAAAAGGGACCUUGAAAUUAUUAACUGUUCAAUAGAGAGAUUUGGAAACUUGAUGCCUUGAGAGUGGGUUAAAAAAAAAAAACAAAAUAAAACACAGGAGGAUGGUCAGUAAAGCGCUUGCUGUGUAGUCAAGGGGACCUUAAUUAAUGAAAUCUGCUGCACUCACAUGAGGAGGUCGGUGUAGUAACUUGUGAUCAUAAUCUCAGCUAUGGGGAGACUGAUACAGGGAAGUCCAUGAGCUUUGCUGGCCAGCUAGCCUAGUCAAACUUACCAGGUCUGGGCCAAAUGAGAGGCCUUUGUCCUAAAAACCAAAGUGGAUCACCUGAGGAGCAUCUGAUUAACCUAUGGCCUCAAUAUACAUGCAUGUAUACUCAUGAGGGAAAGAAGGUCAGAUAGAUAGAUAGAUAGAUAGAUAGAUAGAUAGAUAGAUAGAUAGAUAGAUGUUUCAGUCACUAGUUAUAGAGUAGGCCAAGGAGCUGCAUGUUAUUCAAAGAGAAAGAUACAAUCAUAUCUACGUUGAAUGCAUUACUGUAUUAAUUUUUUUUGGUAUACCUCUUUUAUCCAAGGGAAAAACAAGACUUUUCUUCUUCUUUUUUUUUUUGGUUCUUUUUUUCGGAGCUGGGGACCGAACCCAGGGCCUUGCGCUUCCUAGAUAAGCGCUCUACCACUGAGCUAAAUCCCCAGCCCCAAGACUUUUCUUCUUCAACAGUUGAACUAUGACUUUCUCCCUGACAGCUGGGCAUCAGGGGCUGGGGAAAUGGUUCAAGAGAAAUUGCUCGGCGUGCAAGCUUGAAGCCCAGGUUCCUAUCCCCUAAUCCCAUGUAAAAACUGGACCUGGUGGUGUGCUCCUGUAACCCCAGUGCUGGGAGGCACACAUGCAUAUGCUACAUAUACACACAAAAUAAAAAUGUAAAAGUCAGUAAAUAACAAUGAGACAAAAUAAUGUAAAACUGGCUUCUAGAUAAGACUUAGGAAGAAUGGGUACAAUCAAGCUGCACUACAAUGUCUGAACUUUCUGCUGAUUAAAUGACAGUAUCCAAAGCAAGGUGGUAGUGGAAAUAAGCAAGAUUGAAUUUUGUAUUCUAAAAUCAUAAAAAUGUUUGGAUUGUUUCUCUAGUGCCAUUUAAUGGGACUUUUGGCAUCCAGCCAGCCUAGGAGUACCCCAUUGGCAGGGACCCCUUUUUUUAAUUUUUUGCACAUUUGGCAUUUUUCUUUCUAUUGACUUUUCAUGAGUAAGUUCCUAUGUAUCUUCUCACUGAUACCAGAACUUCUAAGGAAAUAUGGCUGAAGAGAAAAUGUAGAACAAUCACUUUAUGUUUGACCAUCCUUUAGGCCUCCUGAAAUUACAAAAGUGUUAGAUAUAUUCUUAGAGUGUAUUCUAGGAAGAGACCCCAUAGCCUUCAUGAAAUUCUCCUUGGCAUUAAAAGGGUAACCAUUGUGAUAUGGCUCUACUAACAGGGUCUUCAUGGUUCACUGCUCUAGGGUUGUCUCUUCCUAAUACGGACAAAAGUCUCGAGGUUCUGAGUGGAGAUGGGAUUGGAGGUGCAUGUUUGGGGACCCUCCAGUUUUAGGAUGUUCUGUUUGCAAGGAAGGACUAUCUGUAGUUGGGUCAAUGGUGUUUUUUUCUGGAAACAAAAUUGAAAGAGAACAAUAGGCAAAGGAGAAAUAAACACCUGGAAAAGUUAAAUCCCAAAUCUCUCAUUUUUAUCACAUUAAAACCGUGGGUCAAGGCACCUGAUGCCAAGCCUGGCUAACCAAGUCCAUUCUCUGGGACUCAGGUAGCCAAAGGAGAGAACCAACUGCCACGAGUUGUUCUCAGAUCACCAGGAUGGUCACCACUUAUGUCUGCAUUAUUUCGUCUUCGCUUCAGUAGUUAACUUGUUAGACUUUGUCAGUUUGUCUGUCUAAGUUCUUUAUUUUGACAGAGUAUUUUUGAUCAGGGAUCUGUUUUGGGGACGAUAGCUUGAAUUUAGGAGUUGUAAACUCACGUGGACAAUGUGGCAAGACAUGGUCCUAGACAAACAAACAAGCAAAGAAACCCAGUGACAUUUCAAUUCUACCCUUGUCACACAGAGUAAUAGUGUCAAUCAAAUAGGGUUUUGGUGAGGAGAAGAUGGGACAGGAAGUUCAAAUAUCUUAAAUAACUCUAAAUAGUGCCAUAUCAGGAGUUUUACUGCUUUUUAAGCAGUUAGUGUUGCUGUCGUCGUCAUAGUUGUCGUCAUCAUUAUCACUACCACCACAUCAUCAUCACCACCACCACCAUCAUCAUCAUCACCCCCAUCAUCAUCACCCAUAACAUCCACAUUGUAUAUUCCCAUGACUGGAUGAUGUCAAACAUACAUAUUAAAAACUGCCCACAGGUGUAAAGGAAGGGAAUGCUCAGUCUGAUGAACCUCUUGUUUAUUACAGGGUUUUGGAUAGAGUUUCUUUUUUUAUUUUAAUUUUUAAAUAUUUAUUUGAUGUGUAUGAGUAUUUUGCCUGCAUGUAUAUUUGUGCACCAUGUGACUGCAUUGACCUCAGUGGCCAGAAGGGGCAUCAACACCCCCCCCACCCCCCACCCCCACCCCCACACACUGGUCUUAAGAAUGCUUGUGAGCUGCCAUUUGGGUUCUGGGAUUCAAACUUGAAUCCUUUGUCCAAGCAACCAGUGCUCUUAACCACUGAGCUGUCUCUCUAGCCCCCUGAAAGGGGUUUCUUAUAAGAUAUGUCACUUUUAUUCAUGGAUGAAUGGCAAUAUAAAUGUCUCUUUUGUUGUGAUAAACCUCUUAACAAUGAAGCUUAGUUAGAAGCUCAGUAAGGACAGGGACAUCUCUGUUUUGUGAUCAUAUGUCCUCAGUAGUGUAUGACUAAGGAAAGCAUUGCGUUAAGUCUUUAUUUUCCUCAGUGUUUUUCUUUGGCUUCCUUUUAGCUUAAAAAAAAGUAGUUGAUUUUACAUCCAACAGUUUUGCUGAAAGUCAAAUCAGUAAUUUAACCACUAAAAUUGAUGGUUAAAAUAGGAUCUUCCUUGGAAUGACGUUGUUUUGUUUGAAGCAAAUGACUCGGGAGACAAGAUUUAAUUCAACUUAAGAUUAUUUGGACUUGUGGUGUUUAUGUUCGUAUGUUCUCUGUUGUUAUAACAGAAUACCUGAGAUGGAGUAAUUUAUAAAGGAAAUGUAUUUUUCCUUUGAUUCUGGAGGCUAGAAUGCCAGAUGCACUGUGCUUGUGUCGUUUGACUUUUGGUGAAGGCUUAGGCAGCUUUAGCUGUCAUGGUAGGAAGCAGAAGGACAGCUGUGUUUGUGUGAAGAGAAAAUAAAGGGGUUCAGCUUCUGUAGUAACUAACUCAAAAUACAUCAGUCCAUUCACGAGAACACGACUGACAUGUUCUAGAACCUCUUACCACACUCUGCUUUCCAACAGUUACACGUUCAGAGGAAAAAGCCUCGACAUAAACUCAUACACAUCAAAUUAUCGUGUGUGUGUGUGUGUGUGUGUGUGUGUGUGUGUGUGUGUGUGUGUUGAAAAAUAUGUGGUCUUAAAGACCCCUCCCCUUUUCUUCCUUCCACUCUCAUUACCUCCUUUCCUCUCCCCUCUCCUUUCUUCUCUCUUCCCCCCUCCCCCCUCAUUUCCUCUCUCUUCCCCUUCUCUCCCCUCUCUCUCUGGGUAUUAAAUCUAGAACCUUGUAUGCACUGGGUAACUGAUUUGUCACUGAGCAACACCUCGACCACUAUGUUUUCAAUAAGGAAUUCUUUCAACUCAUCCCACCCUUGCUGCCACCCCCUCCAAGCCUCAUGAAUUUUUACAGUGUUUCCUAAACUGGCCUGGAACCCAUGGGCUCAAGUGGUCUUUUUCACAUUAGCUUCCCAAGAAGCCAGGGUUACAGGUUUGUGCCACUGCCCCUGGCGAAGAGUGUUUCUCAAGUAUUUUAUGAGUCUGGUAUAGCCAUGUGGGUCUGUGUUUCCUGGCACUUGGGAGUCUACUGCAAGAAGAUUGUAUGAGGCCAGGGUCUCAGGGCAAGUCUGGGCAAUAUAGUGAGAUCUACCUGAAGAUAAAUAAGUAAAUAAAUACCUAUGAAUAAAAAAGGUUUAUUUUUAUUUCAUAUGGGUAUUUUGCAUGUAUGUGCAUAUGUGUUUUAUGUGUGUGCCUGGUGCCCUCUAAGGCCAGAAGAUGCUGCUGGUUCCUCUGGAACUGGAAUUAUAGCUGUUUGUGAGCUGUCGUGUAGAUGCUGGAACUGAACCUGGGUCUCUGCAAAAGUGGUGAGUGCUCUUAACCAGUGAGAUCUUUCCAGCUCCAAAUAAACACCCUUGACUCUCACGUCUUAGAAGAAAGUUCUGUGUAGCCUACUUGGAUAUGUACAACGAGAGAAAUCAGCUUGCCAUGGCAGAAUGCGAAUCGAGACGGUCCUGUUUGAAAAUGCACAUUCAGCUGGCAUGGUUUGAGGAUUAACCAAGACUGACUUGGGACUUGGAGGCAUUUUGAAUGUCUCUGGUCAUAGAAGUUCCACAUUUUCUACAAAUAUGCAGUGAACUCUGGACAUGUGGUGGAUGGAGUGAAAUGGUGUCUAUCUCUAGCAAAUGGAGUCAGAGCCUGGAGAUACAAACUAUAGAAUACUUUUAGUAUUUUUGUUUUGAUAGCGAAUUUUCCUACUGUUUAUGCAGUUGGAAUCAUGUGAUUUCUAAUCUACUGAAAUGUAAUACCAUUCUUUCUGGAGUCGGGCGAGGGUUGUAAUAAUAGUGCCAUCAUCGGCUAAUCAGAGACUUGGGGCUUUUCUGUUUCCUAUGGCAGAUAGGUUGGUAUUGUAGAAUAUUAAGUGGUUUAUUUAUUAAAAUAAGAGUAUUAAUUUUAGCUUUUGAUAUAGUAUCUAUUUUCCACUGAGGAUUAUACCCUCUGAUUUCAAGGCUUGGAUAUGGAGGAAUAACAACACAGUUAGAAAUGGAAAAUUAGAGUCUGUUUGCUCU